AUGAGUAACAGAAAAUGAAACUUAGGAGAAAUGGCGCAGCAAGUAAUUCAGCUGGAUCAAGAAAAACUGAGCUGUUCAAUCUGUCUGGAUCUCCUAAAGGAGCCAGUGACUAUUCCCUGUGGGCACAGCUACUGUAUGAGCUGUAUUAAAACCUACUGGGGUGAGGAUGAUCAGGAGAAAACACACAGCUGUCCUCAGUGCAGGCAGAGUUUCACACCGAGGCCAGCCCUGGUGAAAAACACCAUGUUUGCAGACUUAGUGGAGGAACUGAAGAAAGCAGGACUUCAAGCUGCUUCACCUGAUCAUCUCUACGCUGGACCUGGAGACGUGGCCUGUGAUUUCUGCACUGAGAGGAAGCUGAAAGCCUUCAAGUCCUGUCUGGUGUGUUUGGCCUCUUACUGUGAGCAACACCUUCAGCCUCACUACGAUGUAGCUCCAUUGAAGAAACACAAGCUGGUUGAACCCACCUCCAGGCUUCAGGAGAAUGUCUGCUCUCUCCAUGACGAGGUGAUGAAGAUUUACUGCCGCACUGAUCAGAAGUAUAUCUGUUAUCUCUGCUCCAUGGAUGAACAUAAAGGUCAUGACACAGUGUCAGCUGCAGCAGAAAGGGCCGAGAGGCAGAAGGAGCUCGAGGUGAGUCGUCAAAAAAUCAAACAGAGAAUCCAAGACAGAGAGAAAGAUGUGAAGGUGCUUCAACAAGAGUUGGAGGCUAUCAACCUCUCUGCUGAUAAAGCUGUUGAGAACAGUGAGAAGAUCUUCACUGACUUGAUCCGUCUCAUUGAGAAAAGAAGCUCUGAAGUGAAACAGCAGAUCAGAUCCCAACAGAAAACUGAUGGGAGUCGAGUUAAAGAGCUCGAGGAGAAGCUGCAGGAAGAGAUAACUGAGCUGAGGAGGAAAGAUGCUGAUCUGGAGCAGCUCUCCCACACAGAGGACCUCACCAUUCUAAACAAAUAUCCAUCUCUGUCACAUGUGAGUGAAUCAACAGAUUUACCCAGCAUCAGUCUUCAGUCUCAGCAGUAUUUUGAAGAUGUGACAGCAGCAGUGUCAAAGGUCAGAGAUACACUACAGGCUGUUCUGAAUGAGGAAGGGGCAAAGGUCUCACUGAAAAAUACUGGAGCGGAUGUUUUACCGCAACAUAAAGAGCCCAAAACCAGAGCUGAGUUCUUGAAAUAUGCCCGUCAAAUCACACUGGAUCCAAUCACUGCAAACAUAUUUUUGUCACUAUCUAAGAACAACAGAAAGGCAACGCUGAUGCCAGCAGGAGCAGAGAUGUUUUGGAUUCACCCAGAAAAAUUCUUUAAAUGGUGGCAGGUCCUGAGUACAGAAGGUCUGACAGGGCGUUGUUACUGGGAGGUGAAGUGGAGUGGUAAAGUAUUAGUAGCAGUUGCAUACAAGGAUAUCAGAAGAAAGGGAACCAGGAAUGAAUGUGGAUUUGGAAAUAAUCACAAAUCUUGGGCAUUAGAGUGUGAUAGUGAUGGUUUUACAUUCAGACAUAACAAUAAUUCUACCCCCAUCUCAGGCCCUCAGUCUUCCAGAGUAGGAGUGUAUCUGGAUCACAGUGCAGGUACUUUGUCUUUCUUCAGCAUCUCUCGAACCAUGACUCGCCUCCUCACAGUACAGACCACGUUCACUCAGCCUCUCUAUCCUGGAUUUUGGCUUCCAGAGAUGGCUGGAGACACUGUUGAAUUGUGUAAGCUCAAGCAGACAUGAGUUUAAAGUGUAAUUCAUCUGUGGUGCUGUGCAGUAUGUUGAGGUGUCUGCACUGCAGAGAUCAAACUUAAUGAGUUGGAUUAUGAAAUGAAAAAAAAAAAUUUAAAAAAAAUCUUAUUUGCUACACAGACUUAAAACUAUUUGUUUGAUAACAUUUUAUUCUUAUGUUAUAUUUACUUAAUAAUUUCAUUAUACAGUGCACGGAAAAUAUUGCAUAUGCAAAAUGUGAAAAAUAUUUUUUUGUCCUACUUAAAAUUAAAUUUUGUGAUU